CAGGCGGAGAGGCGGGGCCGCGGGCGGGGCGCGGCGGUCCGCCGGCGCAGCGGCGGAGCGGGGCUAAGCAUCCUGCGCCCCGGCGCGGGGCCCUGCGGUAGCCUCGGGUCCCUCCCCUGGACCUGCCACCGAGCCAGUGUGAAAGACAGGCGCCGCAGCCAUGACCACCCACGUCACUUUGGAAGAUGCCCUGUCCAACGUGGACCUGCUGGAGGAACUGCCCCUCCCAGACCAGCAGCCAUGUAUCGAGCCCCCGCCAUCCUCCAUCAUGUACCAGGCUAACUUUGACACGAACUUCGAGGACAGGAAUGCAUUUGUCACGGGCAUUGCAAGGUACAUUGAGCAGGCAACGGUCCACUCCAGCAUGAAUGAAAUGCUGGAGGAGGGCCACGACUAUGCAGUCAUGCUGUACACCUGGCGCAGCUGCUCCCGGGCCAUCCCGCAGGUGAAGUGCAAUGAGCAGCCCAAUCGGGUCGAGAUCUACGAGAAGACGGUGGAGGUGCUGGAGCCAGAGGUCACCAAGCUCAUGAAGUUCAUGUACUUUCAGCGCAAGGCCAUCGAGCGCUUCUGUAGCGAGGUGAAGCGGCUGUGUCACGCUGAGCGCAGGAAGGACUUUGUCUCUGAGGCCUACCUGCUGACGCUGGGCAAGUUCAUCAACAUGUUCGCGGUCUUGGACGAGCUAAAGAACAUGAAGUGCAGUGUCAAGAAUGACCACUCUGCCUACAAGAGAGCAGCACAGUUCCUAAGGAAGAUGGCGGACCCCCAGUCCAUCCAGGAAUCUCAGAACCUGUCCAUGUUCCUGGCCAAUCACAACAGGAUCACCCAGUGUCUUCACCAGCAACUGGAAGUGAUCCCGGGCUAUGAGGAGCUGCUGGCAGACAUUGUCAACAUCUGUGUUGAUUACUAUGAGAAUAAGAUGUACCUGACGCCCAGUGAAAAGCACAUGUUGCUCAAGGUGAUGGGCUUUGGUCUCUAUCUGAUGGACGGAAAUGUCAGUAACAUUUACAAACUGGAUGCCAAGAAGAGAAUCAACCUUAGCAAAAUUGAUAAGUUUUUUAAGCAGCUGCAGGUGGUACCCCUUUUCGGCGACAUGCAGAUAGAGCUGGCCAGAUACAUUAAGACCAGUGCUCACUAUGAAGAGAACAAGUCCAAGUGGACAUGCACUCAGAGCAGCAUCAGCCCCCAGUACAACAUCUGUGAGCAGAUGGUUCAGAUCCGGGAUGAUCACAUCCGCUUCAUCUCUGAGCUGGCUCGCUACAGCAACAGCGAGGUGGUGACAGGCUCAGGGCUGGACAGCCAGAAGUCGGAUGAAGAGUACCGGGAGCUUUUUGACCUGGCCCUGCGAGGCCUGCAGCUUCUAUCCAAGUGGAGUGCCCAUGUCAUGGAGGUGUACUCUUGGAAGCUGGUUCACCCCACAGACAAGUUCUGCAACAAGGACUGCCCGGGCACCGCGGAAGAGUACGAGAGAGCCACGCGCUACAAUUAUACCAGCGAGGAGAAGUUUGCCUUUGUGGAGGUGAUUGCCAUGAUCAAGGGUUUGCAGGUGCUCAUGGGAAGGAUGGAGAGUGUCUUCAACCAGGCCAUCCGCAACACUAUCUACGCAGCCCUGCAGGAUUUCGCCCAGGUGACGCUGCGGGAGCCGUUGCGGCAAGCAGUUCGAAAGAAAAAGAAUGUCCUUAUCAGCGUUCUGCAAGCAAUUCGAAAGACCAUCUGUGACUGGGAGGGAGGCCGAGAGCCCCCCAAUGACCCAUGCUUAAGAGGGGAGAAGGACCCCAAAGGUGGCUUUGACAUCAAGGUGCCCCGCCGUGCUGUGGGUCCAUCCAGCACACAGGCCUGCCAGUGGUCCCCGAGGGCUUUGUUUCACCCCACUGGUGGCACACAGGGCCGAAGAGGCUGCCGAUCCCUGCUGUACAUGGUGCGCACCAUGCUUGAGUCACUCAUCGCAGACAAGAGCGGCUCCAAGAAGACGCUCAGAAGCAGCCUGGAUGGCCCUAUCGUCCUUGCCAUAGAGGACUUCCACAAGCAGUCCUUCUUUUUCACACACCUGCUUAACAUCAGCGAGGCUCUUCAGCAGUGCUGUGACCUCUCCCAGCUCUGGUUCCGAGAAUUCUUCCUGGAGUUGACCAUGGGCCGGCGAAUCCAGUUCCCGAUUGAGAUGUCCAUGCCCUGGAUUCUAACGGACCAUAUUCUGGAAACCAAAGAACCUUCCAUGAUGGAGUAUGUCCUCUACCCCUUGGAUCUGUACAACGACAGCGCCUACUAUGCCCUCACCAAAUUCAAAAAGCAGUUCCUGUAUGACGAGAUCGAAGCCGAGGUAAACCUGUGUUUUGAUCAGUUUGUCUACAAGCUGGCUGACCAGAUCUUCGCCUACUACAAAGCCAUGGCCGGCAGUGUCCUGCUGGAUAAACGUUUUAGAGCUGAGUGUAAGAACUAUGGGGUGAUCAUACCGUACCCGCCAUCCAACCGCUACGAGACACUGCUGAAGCAGAGACAUGUCCAGCUGUUGGGGAGAUCAAUUGACUUGAACAGACUCAUCACCCAGCGGAUCUCUGCUGCCAUGUACAAGUCCUUGGACCAGGCCAUCAGCCGCUUUGAGAGUGAAGACCUGACCUCCAUUGUGGAGCUGGAGUGGCUGCUGGAGAUUAACCGACUCACACACCGACUCCUCUGUAAGCACAUGACGCUAGACAGCUUCGAUGCCAUGUUCCGAGAAGCCAAUCAUAACGUGUCUGCCCCUUACGGCCGCAUCACCCUGCAUGUCUUCUGGGAGCUGAACUUUGACUUUCUCCCCAACUACUGCUAUAAUGGAUCCACAAACCGUUUUGUCCGAACUGCCAUCCCUUUCACCCAAGAACCACAACGGGAUAAGCCCGCCAAUGUCCAGCCUUAUUACCUCUAUGGAUCCAAGGCCUCCAAAUAGACAAUACUGAAACAAUGCCUUGUUUGCCCCUGAUGUACCUUGAGGGUCUGUGUUGUCCAACUUGGGGACCGUUGUCAUGUGACAUCUAUACAGCACUGACAUGUGAGAGGACAGAAGUGGGAGGUCUAUAGACAAAUUUUCACAAAUAGGACCAACUAUGGAGAGCAAUUUAAGCUUUGGAAAACGGGGCAUCUCCUUACUGUUGCUCACUCCCUAUAGUGAGGCAGUAUGGCCGGUUGGUUACCAAUCUCUCUAGCUAAGGCCACCACCUCUAAGGCAUCCUGGAUGGCUUCAGCCUCUGGUUCAGCUUUGGCCCUGGCCCCUGAGUUCUUUCGUGGCAGUUCCUCCAGGGGGAACCCCUGCAGGUCUUCUUCCCUCUGACCAAGAGCUGGGGUCUCCUCGGGCCAUCUUACCAACCCAUUGGCUUCCUCCAUUUGGCCGGCUCUGUAAGACCACCGAGGUUCGUGACAGCGGAGGCACCAGAACUGGAGGCAGAUGAAGGCCAGCACAGCAGUGAAGCAGGCCAGCAGGAUGGCCAUCAGCACCCAAAGAGAAAUCUGGGGGUCCACCAGGGAGCCCCCGGCAGCCAGCGGACUCUUAUCCAGGGUGUGGAACAUGGUACAGUAGUGACUAUACGGGAAGGCAGCCUUCUUGCAGCUGAUACAGAGGAAGUAGAGAGUGGAAGGAGCGAGGUGUUCCAAUGCCACAGAGGUGAUGGUUCGAGGCACCUUCUCCUCGUGAUGGAAGUUAUAGCGCAGGUAUCCGGAGAAGAUACUGUUCCAGUUGGGCCUGUACAUAAUAUGGUAAUAGUCCUCCAAGCAGGGCUCCGAGGGUGACCAGGAGAUGAUGGCUCCUGUGUGAGACACGUUCCCAACCUCAAUGUUCAUCCCGGGUCUGGAACCAAAUCACAGUGAAGAGUGACAUCCUCCCUCCUACAUCAGCAUUUGACAUCAUCCUAGCCGCUGCAGACUGAGCGCAUGAGAUGGCCACAGAUACUGACAUCGUUAGAGAGACAAAAGAAAAUGGACGUCCGGAGGUUAAGCUAGUAAGCCAGUGGUGGAAUACAGGUAGGAAUGAGGACUGGCUCAUGACAAAGCUAGCAGCCCUCAGGCUCAAGAUGUACCCACAUCAUCCCGGCCACAGCCCAUCCUGGCUGAGAUCCAUCACUGACAGUGUCGUUCCCAGCCCUUCCAAACACAGGCAACGUGAAGAGAGCUCUGAGGGCCUACCUUAUGCUUCUCAGCUCAGUCCUGACCUCUUGCCUCUGCUGUGAAUGCUGUAAUGUUACCUAGAACAUUCUGCCCAAUGGCUUUUUUUUUUUUUUUUGACAAGUUACUUUUCCCAUGACUAGUAGAGAUUCCCUCUGGCGCCCCCCAGUGGCGAUCUACCUCAAAGCUUCUGCAAGUGUUUUGUUUUGUCAAAGCCCAAGGUGCAAGAAAUUAGUUUCUCAGAUCAAGGUCCUCAGCUCCCAGGAUAGCUUAACUUCUAAUUGCCCCAUAACUUCUAAAAGUAGCAAUAGUACUAUGACUUUUGUGACUGUCUAACCCACUAGUUCCCAACUUUCCUAAUGCUGUAACCCUUUAAUACAGUACUUCAUGUGAUGGUGACCCUCCAACCAUAAAAUUGCUUUUGUUGCUACUUCAUAACUGUAAUUUUGCUACCGUCAUGACUUGUAAUGUAAAUGUUUGUGUUUUCCAAUGGUCGUUUGGCCCCCAAAGGGGUUGAGAACCACAGCAAAUCGGCAGUUGCUGGAUCCAGGCUGUGCCAGGUGGCUUCUCCCACAAUAACAGACUCCAUUCCCAUCUUAUUAAUGAGCGGCCUGGAGUAUCAGCUCACAGGAAGAGAGAGAACUUACCCACUUAGCCACUGUAUUUCAAUGCAGAGCCCCUGAGUUCAGUAAUAGAUUAUUAUUGUUGAUUAUUUAUUAUUAUUAUUAUUAUUAUUAAAUUAUUGGUAAAUGAGGUACCCUGGUUGGCUGUAUGGCAGAUGAGCCCUGUUCAGAUUGUAAGCCUUUCAGCUUUGGUAAAGGAGAGGCAUCAAGGUUUUUGGGUUUUCUUUCAUUCUCUCCGAUUGAGAGAAAGCUUUCCUUCUGAAUCCCCCCUGAUCAAAAAUCUAGACAAGCGUUGCCAGGCUCUAUAUGUUCCGGUCUCCCUCUGCCUUCUUCUCCAUUCCCCAUCCCCAGCCAGAAGUGCAGAUGCUGCGGAAGAUUGAAAUGGCAAGCGGGCACGUUCAGCCCAAAGUGAAUAUUAAGCCAAACUGAUUUCUGUUUCUGGGCUUGUGUUGUUAGGCUAGGUGAGCCAGGGGAAAACGUAACAGCGUGAAGUAAGUUUUCAGUCCUUGGUUUCCAUCUCUAAAGACAGUGACAUGCUUGAGAAAGCAGCUUCCUCCUCUCCACGUGGCUGGGAAUUUGCACCCAGUAAAUGGGAAAUACAAAAGAUGAGGCAGGGGUGUACAGAGCCUCCCAGAGAUGGCUUUCAGAAGGAAACGGACUUACUCUCCCUCGGGUCUCUUGAUGUAUGCCCACCUCCCCACCCAGGGACCUACAUACCCAACAAACACACUUCCAACCUCCGUAAGUGGGCGGAAUUCAUACCCUGUUAAUACACAGGCGCCCUGUAAGGCCCUCCCAUCGGGGUGAUCGGGCAUCCUGUCCUUGUACACAUACCUCCCCUUCUGCUUGCCUCCCCCCUGCUGCUGGCCAUCUUAUAGCCUGGGUUCCCUGCAGCAGACGUUUCUAAGAGCUUCCACCGAGACUGCUUCUACAGCAUCUCCAGCUUCCAGGGACAAAUCCAUCUCUUCGUAUUUAUUUUUUUUUUUCUCCCCGUCUUCUGUUUUUAAACUCUUCCCAUUUUUAGCUAUCCAGUCCCCACAGCCUGGCCCCUCUCCAGGCAGAGUGUGAAAGGAAAAGCCAUUUUUAUUUCCAAGACAGCCAUCCAUGCCUCUUACCUGAUGCUCGCAGUGUGUCUGGUAUAGACGUCUCCCCUCUGAGCCGGAGCGGACCGGAUCCCAGGUGACGAGCUUCUCCCUCUUCUCCCUCCUCCGCACCAGGCUCUCCUUGAUGUUUCUCACUCACCACUGAGUAAUCCCACUGUCGCCCCCAACGCUCACAUUAUUCAUUCUUCAGAUCAGCAUCAUUCACCAUGGCAACCAGCAGGCAUCUACGCACAAUGCUUUCAGGGACCAGUCUGAGUAGGCUUUUGCCAGUGAAAGGAGCUUUGGUUCCUUCAGCAAGAAACGAGCAGGUUGAAAAAUUUUGCAGGUUGAUCCCCAAGAUAGCACAUUCUUCUAGUGCUUGUGUAUUUUCUCUGUAGUUGGCGCUCUCUCUCUCUCUCUCUCUCUCUCUCUCUCUUCAGGUACACAUGUUCAUGUCAUACCUAUGUAGAGAUCAGAAGGCAGCCCUUAAGUGUCAUUUCUCCAGAACCGUCUACUCUCUGUUUGAGACAAAGUCUCUCAUGAGCCUGGAAUUUGCACCCAGCAGGCUAAGGCCAGCUGGCCAGUGAGCUUUGCAAGCUCUGAGGUACAAAGGCACACCCCCGUGUCUGGCAUUUUUAUGUGGGUUCUGGGGAUUGAACUCAGGUCCUGAGGCUCCUUGAGGUAAGGGGUUUACUGCUGAGCCAUCUUGAAGGCUGACCAGUGAUCAUUGUCUUACUCCAUCUCCAUCUGUGGAUAGUGGUUUCAAAUGCAAAGAUGCCCUUCGGUUCUGUGGCGAACUUGUCCCCUCCUUUCCUGUCCCACUUCCCCCCUGGAAAUUCUCCCCCUCCUUCCUCUCAUUUCCUGCAGUGCCUCUACAUGAUGGUUCUGGGCGAGAUUCUUGUAUUGCCUGGAUCCCAGUUCCUUCAACUCUAAAGCUUCGAACACCUCAGGGGCAAAACACGGGUACCAACAUUUCAAAUACCCUUGUCAAGAUUGCUCAACCAUUAUCUCCCAUGGACUGGUGGUCCCUCAACAUGAACUUUAGAGCAUGGCUUUAGAAGUAGAGCCUUCAUGGGUGUUAAUUAGUUAAGGAUCGCGAGAUGAAAUCACCCUUGAUCACUUCUAUGGAGUCUUUCUAAGAGAAUGAACGUUUGAACCCAUGGAGACACACACACAAGAGGAGGCCAUGUGGAGGCAGAGGCAGGAGUGGAAGCAAUGGAUCCAUGAGCAGCGGGCGGGGAUAGGGGAUGGGGAUGGGGGGACGGGACAGGGGAGCUGUCCUGCAGACGUGCUGAUUUCAGGCUUCCUGUCCACAGAACUGUGUGAGAAAGCAUCCUGUCACUUAUGAGCCACCAUGUUUGUGCCAGUCUGUCACAGCAUUCUAGGAAUACAGCACAUCUCCCCUCCUGGCUGAGCUCACACUCAGCCUUGGAGUUCUGAGCACAGACAUAUGAAUGAACGGCUGCUUGCCAGCCAGCCAGCCAGUCAGCCAGUCAGUCAGUCAGUCACCUGGAACUGACGCGAGAAAUGGAAGCUGCUUAGUGUUCCUGGGGCAGAUGGGACCCAGUCUGCCUUGCCUUUGAGGACUCCUGAAUUUUCUGUUUAUCCCAACAAAUUCCUUCCUGGUCUCCUCAACAUUACAAAAAUAUCUCACUGUCAUCUGUCCAAGAGCCUGGACAUGUCUGAAUGGAGGGUGAGAUGAGUUCUAAAUUUGUGUGUGUGUGUGUGUGUGUGUGUGUGUAGUGUUCUGGUGUAUGUGUGCAGAUGGGUGUGACUAUGUGUGUGUCCGUGUGGAUGCCAGAAGCUGAUAGUGGAUAUCAGAUGACUUCUCCAAUCACUAUGCACCUAAUCUAUCGAAGCACGGUCUCUUAGUUGAACCUAGAACUCGCUGAUUUCACUGUUGUACACUAGCUAGCUAGCUCCUGCCUCACUCGGCCUUCUGGGAUUACACACAGACCAUGUUUGUCCAGCAUUUACUAGAUGCUAGAGUUCUAAACCCAGCCCUCUCGACUACAUGGUAAAUGCUUUACCCUGGGAACCCUGGAUUUUACAUAAUAGACACAUACACACACCCCUUCAUGCCCUUGUCUUUUAGUGCCUGGCUACGAUGGACCUCACAUGUACAUAUAUGCUUCCAUCUUUAUGGAAACUAAAAAGUUAAUUUCAAGGAAAAGAACGCAAUGGUCACAUGAGCCUGGAGAGAGUAGGAGACAGAGGCACAGUAGGAAAGGUGGCAUUGAACAUGAGGAAUAACUCCUAGCGCUCUGUAACACGGCAGGAUAGCUAUGGUUGACAGCAAUCCAUCGUUUCAGAGUAACAAUAGAGGAUUUUGAAUGUCCUCAAUACAUAAAUGUCUGAGGUCAUGGAUAUGUCAGGCCUCACUGUGAUCUGUAUGCGCUGAAUGUCACGCCGCUUCCCAUAAAUACGUACAAUGCCUAUGCAUCAGUUAAAGAUAAAAUACAGUUUCAAAAGUCAGCUUCCUCCUUGGUUCUUGGACAAAGCAUCCAAGACAAGCUAUGAAGGUCACUUGAUGAGCCAGACGAAGCUGUCUAGUGAGUCACCACUGCUGGGGCAAGGGGCUCCGGAGGCGUGAGGUCCCAGGGUGUACGGUGUUCUUGACCAGCCAGGUGCUCUUGGCCUUCUUGCUCUUGGCAUUUACUCUUCCCAGGAGCCUGCCUUAAAUCUGUUAUAGGCAAGCUCCCAGCAGGUCCCUUCUCAAAUGCCAGUGGUGGUACCCUGCAGGGCAUCCUCUCUCCACAAAGGGCCAAUUCUGCAGUUUGCAGAUGUCCUUUCAAAGGUUAUUUUGAGGGGAAUAAAAAUACCAGAGUUAGCCUGAGAAGAGAUACGCAAAACUCCAUCCUUUCUCCUCAGAGUGGGAGUCUGUUUCUAAUGCUCAGAGGUGGCCUCCUCUUCCAUAGGCUCUUCAUUUGAAGAGCUAAGAGACUCAGAGCACGAGGCCCUGCAGCCCUCUCGUUUCCCAGGUCCCAAAAAUAAAGGGAUUAGGGACGUAGCUUAACUGGUAGAAUGCUUGCCUAGCCUGCUGGGCUCAGUCCCCAGCCCUUCAUAUACUGUAAUCGGCACUCCAGAGGUGGUGGCAAAGAGAUCAGAAGUUGCAGGUCCUCCUGGGCUAUGCCAGGCAGUCUCAAAAACAGUGAAACCAGAUCCCAGGAGAAGACAUGGCAUUCCUCGGGUUACAUGUUUGAUAAGUGGCUAGGCUGGAAAUAGAGUCCCCGAUUCUGGCAUUACCGCUUGCCCACAGUGCCUGAACCAGCAAAGCUUUCAGCGAAUGAGACAGUUGAUCCCAUUCUCUCUCCACCAGCAGGCACCACUUUCCACACUAGGUACAACUGUGACCUCUUCAGCCAUCCGGCCAGGCGCUUCCCAGUUGAUAUGUAUCAGGAACAAAUUCCUCUCAGAGGGAGUCAGCCUUGAAGGAAGGUCCCUGGCUCCUUCUGGUAAUGAAGAAAUGACCUGAGGAGAUGCCUCUGUCCCCAAGCUAGGUUGAUCCUUGGGAAAGGUGUGGUAACCAAGCAGCAGGCUUUAGGGCAGUGGUUCUCAACCUCCCUAAUGCUGCAACCCUUUAAUACAGUUCCUCAUGUUGUGGUGACCCCCCAACCACGAUAUUUUCAUUGCUACUUCAUAACUGUAAUUUUGCUACUGUUAUGAACUGUAAUAUAAGUAUCCAAUAUGCAGGGCAACUGAUAAUGCACAGCCGGUUACAGCCUACAGGUUGAGCAACGCUGCUUUUGGGUAUCCAGCUCAGAGGCAAAUUCUGGAUGUGCGGCCUUCAACACAUUCCCUCACAUUCCCUCCCUCUGUCAUGCCUUGGUUUACUCAAGGAUGCAGCAAGGAUGUCCGCACUGCCUGCUUUCUGGUAUUGAUGAAUGCGUCCUUGUCGGUGCCGAGCUGGGAUCGGAAACAGUAGUUUGGGCUAUUAGAAAAAGGCCACUGGGUCAAUACUCUUCUCUGUGUGACUUGCAGCUUUGUCUUGAGGCCCUCAAAAGCCAGGUUCACACCACCAGUUGCAUGCACUGCCUCGCUUCUCCCCCUUCAGUCAGCAUGGUUGGUUCUAAUUUUCUGGCGCGUCACUUGUGGUGCAUAAACGAAAGAAUAUAGAAAGGUUCAAGGUAGCACACAACUCAGAAAUAACCCCCUGGGAUCACGUGGUACACUCCCUGUUUGCUUCUUUGUAUUCACAUGACAGCGUGAGUCUUUCCAUCACUACCAAACACAGCAGAGAUGGAAACUCAGGCUGACUGGACGCUCAGAGAGCCAGCCAGAUUACAGGACAUCAGUGCUUCAAGCCUCGGCCAGGCGGUCAGAGUCUGGGCUCCUGGCUGGCCCCCCCAUAGCCAGUGGCACUGCUUGCAUCUGGGUUUCCACCUCACCCCCACCUGCUUUGCCUUGAUGUUCUCAUCUCUUGAGAGGUAGAGAGACAGGACAAGGCGCAAUGGAUUUCAGAAUGAUAACGGACAAGCAAAGACCUGAGAGACCAUGCCGAGAACGCACAGCUGCCUGAAUGUAACUGAGGAAAUUGUGAGAGUCAGCAGCUCACUGGGGGACCCGCCAGCAAGCAUUUUCUCUUCCGAACAUCCUGUGCUGUCUGGAGUCUCAGUACACCUACCUCAGAACCACCACACAGGAGGAUGUCAUCAGAGCGAAUAUAUGAACGGAUUCUUUCAAACCCUCUUCCCUGAGCUCUACAAUAUCAUAGCGCUGCCUUCGGAAUGAUACAGAUGUCAGCGCAGAUCACUCGCUCGUUUAACCACUUCCCAAUAUUCCAGCUUUUAGAAACUCUUGGCCUUCCCUUUUGUUAGCAUGCUCAUCACUAGCUACACACGGCUUCUACUUCAGCUAUGAACUGAUUGAUCGUAGGAACUCCAUCCAACUCUUCCAAUACAUCCUCAUUAGGUCAUGGUCCAGAGGGUCCAAACCUCUCCAGCCAACUGGAUCCAUCUUCAUCAGCCUGGAUGUCAAUACAUCUCACCUUAACCAAGCUAGGCUAUUGACACCAACCAGCCCAGGUGAAAAAAACUAUCAAAAAGCCUCACAAGGGCACAGUCACCUUCCCUCCCUGGGCUCCACAGCAUGGCUUCCUCCAUCAAGGCUUUUAUGCUUAGAGCUGCACCUGCUUGUUUCCACAUGGACUUGGAGUCUUCUAUUCUAAAUGGAGACGGUGUUGCCUCGCCAGCUGUUGCGGCUAGUAAUGGAUCCCACAGACAGAUGGUCCUUAUGCUGGAACUCUUACCGUUUUAGAACAAAGUCUUUGCAGGUGUGAUUAAUGCGAGAACUUAGGACAGGCAGAGGAACCUGCAUUGUCAGGGUGAGCUCUGAAACGUCCCAGGGGGCCUUACAAGAGAAUAGCCUAGCAGGAGGUUGUGAGAAUCUAGAGAAUCUUGAGAUGUGGUCACAAAACAGGGGUCCUGGUACCACAUAGAAGUGAGUGACAGAUUCUCUGCUGGAAUCUUUGGGAGGAAUGCAGACAAGCUAAAUCUCAGUGGGAGACCAGAACUGCUAAUUUUGGAUUCACGCCACCAAAAUGUUUCAAGGUACCGGGUUUUUAGUCAUUUCUUAUGGUGGCCACGGAAAACCUGCUGGGCAGCAUGAAGGAGUUACAAGGUGGAAGAUGUAGGUGUAUUAAUACACACCUUUAACCCCAACAGUCAGGAGGCAGAAGAAGGCUGGUCUGUUGCGAUUUUGAUGCCAGUGUGGUGUACACAGAGAGUUCAAAGCUAGCCAGGAAUCCAUAGUGAGACCGUCCUAAAAACAAAAAUACCCUAGCCAAGAAGAAGGACACCUCUGUAUGUCUUUGUGUUGUCAAAGGUUAUAAAGAAAGGGUUUUGGGUCAGGCGUGGCUUUAGUUUCCUCCAGAAAUCAACUCUGUCAUCUGACAUCCCAUGUGGUACAGAAUAGGUGUGAUCUCUUGGAGCUGGGAGAUUCUACUCCUUUUGCUCUUUUCCAAAGCACUUAGCUCAUGGCUCAAGAGAGAAUGGAUUGUGGUUUCUUUAGCUUUCUCCAGCAACUCCUUUGGGUUCACCAACCCAUGGACAGAGAACACCAGGAGCCCCAGCCCCACAGCUAAACAUCAGGAAGUGACAGGCAGGCAAAUCAGUGCUUUGCGCAAGCUCUAGCAAGGUAUCUGAACCUGCGACUGGGUGGAUCUGUCCCAUGAAGUAUGUUCCUGUCAAAGGUGGUAUGGCGUGUUAUCCAUACAUCCUAUUAUACUGCCCUGCAGUAGUUUUAGGGAACUGAACUACAACUAACUAGCUCUCCAGCCCUAAUCAGAGGCCCGUGUUUUUUUGUGGACAGCUGCACCCACAAGAGAAACCACAACACAAACAGAAAGUAAGGAUGGGUUUUAACUCCUCUUGGGCUCUUUGAAAACAGUCAUAGUGAUUCCAGAGAGUAGAGAUGCAACAAACUGGGUUAGCAGUACAAUAGAUCUCACUGUUUGGAGUAGCCGGUGAUGCCCACCAUGGGUGAGAGAUGGAGGUGCAGAUGGUCAAUGUCAAGUUUGUUUGGGUUGGGUUUGGUUUGGUUUGGACUUUGAUAGAGCUCCAUUCUCCUGGAGCUUAGACUGGCUUUACACACCCUGCUCUCACCUCGGUCCCCCGAGGUUGUUUUUGUUUGGUUCUGUUUUGUUGUAGAAGUUUUCUGCUAGUGAUACUUAAGAGCUCCCUCCACCCCGCCCCGCCUCAGACCAAACUUAGCAUUUUUUUUUCUUAAAGUCUUGUGGGUAGGCCAUCAUGAUGACCUAAUGGGUGAAGGCCCCUGCUGCGUAACCUUGAUGACGUAAGUUCAAAACUGACCUCCACACACUCAUCGUGGGCAUGUGCUAGCGCAUCGUACAUAUGCAUACAUAGGAUGACACA